AUGUCAGUCCUGUCGCGGGGCUUGGCCCCUCUAUCGCGUCAUCUCAUACAACCAUUGGCCGCAGGUAGAACCCUCAAUGCCCGUUCUCGACUACUCCAGACCCGACUCCGCAUACAACCGCUCUCCACGCUCCCGGACGUCCCUCUUUUCCGCGCGCUCAAGGACCACGAUGCAUCCCGUCUGGCCGUCGUGCACAGUGCGUCGUCGCGCUCGUUUACCUAUGGGAAUCUCGUUGCCGACGUCCUCCAGGCGAAGGAGCGCCUCCUCGAUGCGGCUGGUAGUCGAGAUGGAGUCUCCGGGGAGCGGAUCGCGUUCCUGGCUGAGAAUAGCUACGACUACGCCAAGGCGCUGAUUGCGACUGAGAAGUACUCGACGAAAGCGCAAGACUUGUUGAAAGCUGGCCUGGAUCGCGAACCAGUGCUGGACAUUCGGGAAAAGAUCCGAGCCGGCGCGUGUCUCUCGGAUGAGGUCACUUUCGAGGACCUCACGGAGUCUCGUGGCGGAAUGAUGCUGUAUACUUCGGGGACUACGAAUAGACCGAAAGGUGUCCUGAUCCCCCAGUCGGCGCUUACUGCGCAGGCAUCCUCUCUCCUCCAGGCGUGGCACUACACCCCGCAAGAUCGUCUCCUGCAUCUCCUUCCUCUUCACCACAUCCACGGCAUUGUGAACGCGAUUCUGACACCUGUUCUGGCCGGAUCGUCGAUUGAGUUCAUGUACCCGUUCAACACCGACGCAGUGUGGAAGCGACUUGCGGCGCCUUUCCUACCGAACUCGACCGCAGACAAGAUUACUUUCCUCACGGCUGUGCCGACCAUAUACAACCGCCUGUUGUCGUCCUUCCCUCGACUGGAACCCGAGCUGCAGGAGGCUGCACAGAAGGGAAUCUCGCCCGAUAAUCUCCGGCUGAACAUCUCCGGGUCCGCAGCUCUGCCUACCCCGACGAAAAAAGCAUGGCAGGACAUCAGCAACGGGAAUGUCCUUCUGGAACGGUUCGGCAUGACCGAGGUGGGGAUGGCGAUCAGCUGUGGUCUCGACUUUGCGGAUCGCGUCGACGGGAGUGUAGGAUGGCCGCUGCCUUCCGUCGAGGCCCGGCUGGUUGACACAGACACCAACAGGGUCAUCCAGCCUGGAGAGGAGGUGGAUGAGAACGGGCGCGAGCGUGAAGGCGAAAUCCAGCUCCGCGGGCCCACCAUCUUCCGAGAAUACUGGGCCAACGAGAAGGCCACCCAGGAGGCGUUUGUCGAGAGUGACGACGGCAAGGAGAAGUGGUUCAAGACUGGCGACGUGGCGACGCGUCGCCAAGUUGACGGUGCCGGCAAAGGGACCAGUGGCGACUGGGCUCAAGGCCCGAUGUACUUCAUCCAGGGCCGGCGGAGCGUGGAUAUCAUCAAGACCGGCGGGGAAAAAGUCAGCGCUCUUGAAGUGGAGCGGGAGCUCCUGUCCCUGCCGCAAGUCACCGAGGCUGCCGUGGUCGGUCUUCCGUCCGAGCAAUGGGGCCAGAAGGUCGCUGCCGUGGUGGUGUUGAAUCCGGAGAAGGCGGCCACCAGCGGACGCAAUGGCAAACCCUGGGGACCGAUGGACAUGCGCCGAGCCUUGAAGGAUCGGCUAGCGAACUACAAAAUGCCGCAGGAAAUGAAGAUCCUCCAGGGACCGAUUCCAAGGAAUGCCAUGGGCAAGGUACAUAUUCUGUUCUUGCAACGAAUUCUCCACGCUGGUCUCGGCGUGAGGAGUUUUGCUUGUCACAGCAUUUUAUCCGACGCUAUAUCCGCAUCGGACACGGAAGUCCGUGUGCUGCGACAUCUAUACGACACCGUUGGUUUCAUCGGCCCCAAAACAAUGCCCCAUGUCUCACGCCCUACACGUGCUAUGCCCCCGGAUCCCCGUAUUCAUCACGCUUAUUGCUCCUAA